AUGGUGGACACAGAAAACCAGUUUUUCCCCUUAGAGGAGGAUGAUCUCGGAAGCCCCUUAUCUAGAGAGUUCCUACAAUACAUGGAAAACAUACAGGACAUCUCCUCUCUUGGUGAUGAUAGCCCUGGAGCAUUAAGUGUAACAGAGCUCCAGUCUUUGGGAAAUGGUCCAGGAUCUGAUGGAUCAGUCAUUACAGACACCCUUUCACCAGCAUCAAGUCCAUCAUCCAUUAAUUUUGCCACAAUUCCAGGUAGCAUAGAUGAAUCACCUGGUGGAGUACUAAACAUUGAAUGUAGAAUUUGUGGGGACAAAGCCUCUGGCUUCCAUUAUGGAGUACAUGCUUGUGAAGGUUGUAAGGGAUUUUUUAGGAGAACAAUUCGACUUAAACUCAUCUAUGAUAAAUGUGAUCGUACCUGCAAAAUUCAGAAAAAAAAUCGUAAUAAGUGCCAAUACUGUCGUUUUCAAAAGUGCCUUUCAGUUGGAAUGUCACAUAAUGGUAGGUAAGAGUGCCCUUAAUAAUUUGCUUCCAAUUCUGCAGGCAGGCAUGUGAAUAACUUUACUCACAUGAGUGGUUCCACACAGUUACUCGUGUGAGCAAGUGUUACAGGAUUCAGUCUCAGGUGUUUACAGUGUAUUAAAAUGAGGCCCUGAUCCUGCAUUGAGAACUCUUGGGUGCAGGAUUUUGUUCUCAGUACAGGAUCACGGCCUAAUUAGUGAGGUUCGUUUGUUUGUGUUUUGCUUUCCUCCUUUUCCUCUGUUCUGGAGUAAGCAUGUUUUAGGUGCGCGGUGUAUGGACAAGUUUAAAGGUCAUUCCCCCCCCCC